AUGAAUUCGGUCCGCCUGACCCUCCUCUGCCUCGCCGCAGGAUCCCUCUGCUGCGUGCUGCUCGUGCGCUACCCUGCCGGACCGCUUCACCGCGUCCGUGCUUACUGGCGAGCGCAUGGCGGCUGGCUCGAGGCCAUCGGCCUGGGACGGCCGCCUUCCUCCGACCCCGGCGAGGCGAGCGGCGGCUGGCCCGGGCUGGAGUCGUCCGCCGGCCAGCAGGCGGGGGGCAUCGGGAGGACGGGAGGGCCGAUCCUCAGCAGCGACGUCUCACCUGGCGGCGGCCAGGACGCGGCGGGGGCGGGGGCCCUGGCCGACCUGGCGGCUGGAGAAGCGGAGGCGCGGCUUGGCGCAGGGUGCGUGGAUGGGCCCCGGGUCGAUGGCGACGCUUGGAUGUUGCACUGCUACCUGGACUGGUUCACGCUGACGGAGGCUGAGGGGGGGUGCUUCGGCGACGAGGCCUGCACCGUCCUCCACGACUUCGGGUGCGACGGCGUCCAGUGGAGGUACUCUUUCAGCACACUCGAUUCAGUUCAGGCGGCCGGGGCCACCCGCAGCGCCUGCACGAAGCUCUGCAAGGCUGGCGUCGGCCUCCUCUCGAGCCAGAGCACCGCCGCUCCCGCUCCCGCGGCACCGCCGGCGGGGGCCUCCGGCGAGGCCCGCGACUCUGCGAUCGUGCUGUUGUUUGAGACAGAGGCCAUGACGUCGCAGAAGCUGCCCGCUCUGAGGUGCGCCGAGCAGUACGUGGCCCAGCUCUGGAAGAGCGGGGUGCGCCACCGGUUGGUGGGCACAGGGGCGCCUUACAUAGGCUGGGGCACCAAGUGGCGGGUCAUGCGCCAGGCGCUGGAGGAGCUGGCCCCCUGA